GAGAUCCGCUCGCACACACGAGGAGGAGGGUAGCGCCGCCGCCGCUGUCGCCGCCGUCGUCGUCGCGAGUGCCGAGUCGGAACUGGAGCUGCCGCCGCGGCGACGCUGGAGAUUGUGUCGCUAGCCCCCAGCCCUUCUGCCUCGCUGCCUUCCCUCGAUCAGCGCGGCCUUCUCCUCCCUGGCCCAUCGCCCCCGCCUCCAUUUCCCGCCCUCUAUUCACCACACACACGGCCCCCCCGAUCAUGGAUCCGGGCAGUGGCGGCGGUGGCGGCGGCGGCGGUGGCGGCGGCGGGGGCAGCAGCGGCAGCAGCAGCAGCGACUCGGCACCCGACUGCUGGGACCAGGCGGACGUGGAAGCCCCCGGGUCGGGCCCUUGCGGCGGCAGCGCCUCUUUGGCGGCGGCAGCUGAGGCCCAGCGUGAGCAGCUCAGCGCGGCCUUCAGCCGGCAACUCAACGUCAACGCCAAACCCUUCGUGCCCAACGUCCACGCCGCCGAGUUCGUGCCGUCCUUCUUGCGUGGCCCAGCCCAGCCACCGCCAUCCCCAUCCGGCGCCGCCGCCAACAACCACGGAGCCGGCAGCGGCGCAGGAGGCCCUUCGGCACCUGUGGAACCUUCUCAAGAGGAACAGUCGUUGUGUGAAGGUUCAAAUUCAGCUGUUAGCAUGGAACUUUCAGAACCUGUUGUAGAAAAUGGGGAAACAGAAAUGUCUCCAGAAGAAUCAUGGGAGCACAAAGAAGAAAUAAGUGAAGCAGAGCCAGGGGGCGGGUCCUUGGGAGAUGGAAGGCCCCCAGAGGAGAAUGCCCAAGAAAUGAUGGAGGAGGAAGAGGAAAUACCAAAACCUAAAUCUGUGGUUGCACCGCCAGGCGCUCCUAAAAAAGAACAUGUAAAUGUAGUAUUCAUUGGGCAUGUAGAUGCCGGCAAGUCAACCAUUGGAGGACAAAUAAUGUAUUUGACUGGAAUGGUUGACAAAAGAACACUUGAGAAAUAUGAAAGAGAAGCUAAAGAAAAAAACAGAGAAACUUGGUACUUGUCUUGGGCCUUAGACACAAAUCAGGAAGAACGAGACAAGGGUAAAACAGUAGAAGUGGGUCGUGCCUAUUUUGAAACAGAAAAGAAGCAUUUCACAAUUCUAGAUGCCCCUGGCCACAAGAGUUUUGUCCCAAAUAUGAUUGGUGGUGCUUCUCAAGCUGAUUUGGCUGUACUGGUAAUCUCUGCCAGGAAAGGAGAGUUUGAAACUGGAUUUGAAAAAGGAGGACAGACAAGAGAACAUGCAAUGUUGGCGAAGACGGCAGGUGUGAAACACUUAAUUGUACUUAUUAAUAAGAUGGAUGAUCCAACAGUAAAUUGGAGCAAUGAGAGAUAUGAAGAAUGUAAAGAGAAACUAGUACCAUUUUUGAAGAAAGUUGGCUUCAAUCCCAAAAAGGACAUUCACUUUAUGCCCUGUUCAGGACUGACUGGAGCAAAUCUUAAAGAGCAAUCAGAUUUCUGUCCUUGGUACAGUGGAUUACCAUUUAUUCCAUAUCUGGAUAAUUUGCCAAACUUCAAUAGAUCAGUUGAUGGACCAAUCAGACUGCCAAUUGUGGAUAAGUACAAGGAUAUGGGUACUGUGGUCCUGGGAAAGCUGGAAUCAGGAUCUAUUUGUAAAGGCCAGCAGCUUGUGAUGAUGCCAAACAAGCACAACGUGGAAGUUCUUGGAAUCCUUUCUGAUGAUGUAGAAACUGAUUCUGUGGCCCCAGGUGAAAACCUCAAAAUUAGACUAAAAGGAAUUGAAGAGGAGGAGAUUCUUCCAGGAUUCAUACUUUGUGAUCCUAAUAAUCUUUGUCAUUCUGGACGCACGUUUGAUGCCCAGAUAGUGAUUAUUGAGCACAAAUCCAUCAUCUGCCCAGGUUAUAAUGCGGUGCUGCAUAUUCAUACCUGUAUUGAGGAAGUCGAAAUAACAGCCUUAAUCUGCUUGGUAGACAAAAAAUCCGGAGAAAAAAGUAAGACUCGACCCCGUUUUGUGAAACAAGACCAAGUAUGCAUCGCUCGUUUAAGAACAGCAGGAACCAUCUGCCUUGAGACCUUCAAAGACUUCCCUCAGAUGGGUCGUUUUACCUUAAGAGAUGAGGGUAAGACCAUUGCAAUUGGAAAAGUUCUGAAACUGGUUCCAGAGAAAGACUAAGCAUUUUCUUGAUGACCCUGCACAAUACUGUGAGGAUAAUUGACUGCAAAAGCCUACUUCACACCGCCUUCUCUUAAUUUCUGCCCAUUGACAAAUCUCUCCCCCUAUUUUGCAAAAACAAAAUUCACAGCAAAAGUCCACAUUGUGUCAGCUUUCUCAUAUUGAGAGCUCUGCUAUGCCACUGUUGAAUUUUUUUUCCCCGAGAUUUUUUUUCUUCCCCUCUCAAACUCUGCUUCCUUGGACAGAUUUGGCAAUAGCUUUGUAAGUGAUGUGGACAUAAUUGCCUACAAUAAUGAAAACCUACAGGAAAUUUUUUAUUUUUCAUCAUCCCCUUAGGCAUAUUUAGGCUUUUCCCCAGGCAGAUCAUUCUGAGUGUGCGAGUGUGUGUGCACAUGUUACAAAGACAACUACCAUGUUAAUAAAAUAUUCAAUUUGAAACCCUUUUCGGUAUUUGAAUUGCUUUUGAAUAAUGUUUUUUAUCUGGAUGUAACAUUGUUGCAUUAGCUUUUUAACUUCCCAAGUAACUGAAUACAUUUUAUUACUUGGACUUUUCUAAACUCUUCCCCAACCCACUACUUUAAAUGAGGCAUUUACAAAUAAUGUUCCAGUUUGUAUUAAAGGAAAGAAUUAGUUAGACCCUUUCUUUUGAUGGUUAAUGCAUACAUACAGUUAAAUACCUUGAUGCAACUGUGACACUGCUUAUUAGGUCUAUCAGUGAUUUUCUGCCAAUUUAUAUUUUAACCUUUCUUAAACACAGUAAGUUGUUUUUAAAUAGAAGAACAGCAUACGGUAGUUUUUAUAAGUGAAGCAUAAUGAAAUUGCAUCCCCACAGAAAAUUCCAUUAACUCGUUGAGUCAGUGGAAUUUACAAUAAAGAAAGCAUGUUGAGACCUGGCAAAAAUGCCUCCUUUAGUAUUUGUAAGAGCUGCAUGCAUCUAGUAUGAAAACUGUAACAAUUACAAGUGCCAGUUCUGUAAGUUACUCAGUUUACUCUUUGUAUCAGUAAUUUUAAAGUUGAAUAAUCCUUCCUGAUUAAAGCUAAAUCUCAAUCCAACAAAUAAAUUAACACAUAUUUAGGAUCAUCAAAAUUUGCGCAGACUGAAAUUUAAGUACAAUCAAGCACAGUAUAAGUUUUAUCUCAAUUAUCUGAAAUGACUUGAGUUUUCUUAAGUACAAAACUAAAGUUUGUUAAACUGUAGUUUGGAUGAAUCGCACUGCAGCAUUCUUGUGGUUUUUAGAAUGAAGACUAACUUUCUGCUCUAUCAUGACUUUGACAUUUUUAGAGAAAAUAAAUGGGAAAUGGAAGAGACAAUUUCUGGGUUUAUUGGAAGCCCCCUUGAAGUCGAGUGUUGCCAUUCAUUGAAGACUCGGUCUCUUUUAGAUUGUGAUUCACCUCUAAAUAAGAUACUGUUAUUGUAUAUUUAAUGACAGCCUCCUUCCCUGUAAUCUUCCUUCUCAGAAAAGAAAAGCCUAGUCAGACUAUUUCCAUUCAUAAAACAAAAAACUUAACCAUCUAAGCUUGUUUCCUUAACAAUGGAAUUUCCAUUCAUUAAUGAGGCUACAUUUUAUGGACAGAGCAAAGUUACUGUCCUGCAGCUUCCUGUAAGUAUACUUACAGCUAUUAAAUUGCAUGAAAUUUAAAUAAAUUUUAUUACAUCUGCAAAUCUGGGCUUUUUUUUCCCUGGGAAAUAUGAGAGCUUUAACCAGAACAUACUAACUCUUUUUGUACUUCCAAGUUAAGAACAACAAAAUACUAGCAAUUGUUUGAAUUUUAACAAAUUUUUAACAGUUGAAGAGUCACUGAAAUAAUUUCCAAAGAUAGAUUGCCAUUUUUAAAUUGAACGCAUUUUUAAAAACUAGUUGUUUGCUACUAAAUCACUUUACAGUUGUAGAAUAUUCUGUGCAUGUUGCCAAGACUCUUAAGAUGACACAGGUAUCAACAGUGAAGAACCUACCUCUAAAAAUAACAAUAAAAAUACAAAUGUAAUUAUAAAAAUUUCAUUGGAUUAUUGCAGAUUUGAGCAAAUAGUAAUUGAGUUGUUUAAAAGAAACUUUAAUGUCCAGUUAACCAAUACCAUACAUUUUACAGGCUUUCAGAAGUAUUCCCAUUUAGAGCUCCCCUAGUUACAAUGGCUAGUUACUGGAUGAGGAAAAAAAAUGACUGAAGUGAACUGGCAGUGUGUGGAGCCGUUGGACCUUUAAAGAGCAAUACAAAUUCCUAUGCUGUCAUUCUGUCUUCUGCUCAUGCAAAUGUAUUUAUAUGGAAGACAAUGCAAAAGUAGGGUAGUUGGCUGCAUAUUUCAGAUAUUAUAGACAACAUUUUUCUCUAUCUUCAACACAGAUAUGUUAGAAUUAUGGUUUUCUGUGCAUCUUUUUACAGUUAAUGAUGUUCUUUAUAUAAUUUUCAUGGUAGAUUAUUAAGAUUAUAGGUUUUUUUUUUAAUUAAUGAACGGAAUUCAAGUGAAGAACAGAUGUCAUUGAAAUAAACAUCUAAGUAAUUGCCAUUUUAAGCCCUUAUUUCUUACUUCAGGAGAGGGGAAAACCUAGCAUCCGUAUCUUGUUUUUAAUUUGCAAAAAGGACUUAUCCAGCAAAAACCUAUGUAAAUUUAAGCCAGAAGACUGAGUGUAUUGCCAUGAAAUUAAAUGACAAAUAGGAAGGCGAUCUUGAAUAAUUUAGCCAAUGUAAAUUUCUUUGUUUUAAAUUGAAAGUCUUGAAAUAUGUGAUAACUGAAUGUACAAAUUUUGUAAAUUGUAAGAGGACAGGUUGUUCACUGUAACGUGAGGUCAUUCAUAUUUGUCUGCUAGUUAAGUUACAAGAAUUGCUUUUACAAUAUGGGACUUUGAACAUGAUAUAAUGAAAAAUUACCGGCAGGAGUGCUGCAAAUAUUUUGGGUCACAUUUGCAAUCAGGUGCAGUUUUGUGACCCAAGAAAAGGUGACCCUAUGGUCAAAAAUUGCUCUCAUGAUGAACUUUUGAAAAUAAUCAACUAAACUUCCCUGGUGACCUUCAGGAACACUAGUUAUGUGACUAAUUACUCCAUGAUCUUUGAUGACUACUACACAUGACAGCACUCCAGCACCUUUUCUCAUUGGCAUGGACUUCCUCAUGGAACGCCGCUUCAUGGAUGAAACUGCUUUGGGUAGGGGUUGAGAUAGUCAAGGGACAAAUACGCGGUUUUUAUUACAGCUCUUAACAUCAGGCAACUUUCAAUCUUUAAACCCUUUAUGAAAAUUCUGGUCGUAGCACUAUAGCUCUGAUUAUAGGAUGAUUAAAUGUUAUAUUCAGUGUUGGCCUACCUUAUCAGAACAAACUGUGCCAUUAAUCCUCUCACAGACAUAUGUAAGGUAGAUAGCAAUCAACUAGAUUUGGGGGAUGAUUUUCUCCAAAUACGGCUUUCAUUUCCUCCAGCUAAGUUGUCAGUGAUCCUAGCAAAUACUGUCUAAUACAUUCAUGGUCUUGUUUCAUUCUUCAGAGAUCUUGCCAAUGGCAGAAACUUGUUAUAAAUAAAUACGUGUAAUUAUAUAUGCAGAACUCAAAAGACUUAAGUUUCCAUUUAGCAGUCAGUUGGUUAUAUUAGAUUUCACAGUAAAUGGAAUAGGAAGUAUUUUUUUUUUCCAGUAGUAAUACAGUGGAUUCCGUUUGAAACAAUUACUGCAAGGAUUCAGGUAAGGUAGAUUUUACUUUUCACAUAACCUCUAAUCCUAUGCUUCCUUGAAACAGUAAUAAUGCUAGCUGAGUUGUUUACUAAGGAGUUAUAAGGUCCUAGAGGUGGGGAGUGGAGAUUAAAACCUUUGUAUUUUCCAGUAUAAGGGAAAAAACAGGUACUAUGUCUGGGCAGAAAAUGCCAGGAUUUCAUAAGGAUUUCUCAUCUUUUCUGCCUUGUCACACAUGCGCUUUAAAAUCUAACAUGGAAACCUGAGAUUUGUGGAUAGCAAAGGUGGAAUGACAUUUUCUGCUUCCCGAUGUUCCCCUCCACCAGGCACAUUAGCUAGUGCUUCAGAUGUCAGCCCAAGUCCUUGCUACCUCCCUUCCUGCUACCAGUGGAGAGUGUGCUGGAGCUAGCGCUCUUGCACACCUCAGGGGAUUCUCCUCACCUCCAUUUUCUCUACUCACAUUAAGUGAAACAGGUCUAAGCCUGGAAAGUCUGCAUUUUAAGGACUCACUUUGGGCUCUCAGUAAUUUACAUAUCCCUUUCUUUACUUUCUUCAGUUUACUUCUAAAGAAAAUAGGGAUAUCUUUCAGGCCAGGAUUUAGUGAAUAAUUUUCAUUAGACAGCAGGAUAAUACCUAGAGCUAUCUUUUUUUUUUAAAACCGGAUUAAAGGGAACUGACAAGUUUUUUAACCUAAUUCCAAAGCAGGAAAAAAUGGGAAUCCAGAUGUAAAGAAACCUUUUUUCUUAUGAUUUGUAGCUACCUACUGUGCCUGACUUGGUGCCUGUGUGAGGAUUAAGCCCUUAGUCUGCUCUUGCAAUUAUUCAAAUGGCUGAAAUUUAGAAAAAAAAAGCUUUUGUAAUAAUAAAAAUUGUCAUCUUCCCUUUUGAAGAAUUUGUCUGUUUGUUAAUAAUCAGAUAUAUUUCAUUAUACCAUGAGUGUAUCUGUCUACUUUCUGUACAAUCCUUUAUUUUUGUAUCAAGUACUGGAACCAUCUACCAGCAGAUUUGUUGGAUCUGAUAAGCUGUCAUGUAAGGAAUUUACAAACUUGUGGUCUGCUUGCAUAUGGUAUGCAAGGCUUGUGUGGUGUAUAUGACUGAACCAUAACAAAAACAGCAGCCCUAUAGGAAAUUGGAAAUGCUUAAUAAUAAGUAUCACAAUAUGUGGUUUUAUCUGAACAGCAAAGUUAGGGAACAUCAAUGAUUAUUCUGUCUGAACUGUGAACCUCUAUAUUCAGGAUUUUUAAUAAAGAUCAAGAAACCAAACAGUACUUGCCCUUCUUUACUGAGCAAGGGCAAAAGAUAUUAAUGAUAAACAGGUAAUAUACACAGUGGUUGGAAGUCCCUGGGUGGUGCAAAUGGUUGAUGUGUUCAGCUGCUAACCUAAAGGUUGGAGGUU